AAAGGGAAGGCAGCACUGAGCCCCUCAAUUUGGGCUCCAAUAACGAUAAUGAUUCAAUUUAGACUUCAUCAAAGAAGAGGGGGAGGGGGGCUGGAGGAGGCGGUUUGAUCACAGGGAUGCCCUUCAGCCAAAUCAUACCCUGAGGCACGAUGAAGACAGUGGCUCAGUGAAAGGACAGGCUGGAAUUACAGGUCCUGCAGUGCCUCUGGGCAGGGGGAGCUGGGCCAUGGGAAGAGCUGCUGGUCGCCCUGGUGGGGUGUGGACACCUGGCUUGGUGCAGGACAGAGCACCCAGCACUUGCAGCUGAGUCUCCAUCAUGUAUUCACACUUGAGCAGCUUUGGGACUUUUUCAGUUACACCCUGCGAGAUGGGUUAAUCCUUUGUUCCAACAACAUUAGCAUCAGCAUCUUCCACUAAUUUCUGAGAGCGUGCAAAUAUUGAUAGAGCUACCAGAAACACAUAUAAAGUGAAGCAUCUUAGCAGGUGGGAAAAAGCAGUAAAGAGAAGAUUUGUACCAGCUAGCACACACACCAAGUGGUGCCUGAUGUGUGCUUUACACCGAGCCAUGUUAAUCAGGUUUUGGGCCUAGUGUGAGCGCAGCCCGAGCUCAAGCAGCUCUGACAAGCAGGAACAUGUCCUAAAGCCAUAACCACAACACGUCUGUCCCUGGGAAUGCACUUCAGAUCACAGGAGGUGUUGCUGCCCUGGUGGCCUCCCCGACACCCAGGGCUGAUAAACGGACCCAGUCUCACCUGCUGUGUUAUUCUAGGAAGGAUGUGAUAAGCUGCUUCUCCUCCCCAGCUCUCCAAACUACACCCCUGCCAUCUGCCCCUGGGUGUACGUGCAUGCUAAAAGCAGGGGGGCAGGUAAAAGGCAAGAGGUAGUUUGCAAAAUUACGGAAUUUCUGCCAGCGUCCUUGGGCGGAGGAGGAAGAGCGGGAACUCCUGCGCCCUGCCUCCCGUGGCAGCGUAUUUAACCGGGAAGUCGAGCCUGGAGCUGCACCUCUGCACGGGGGAGAGAGGAGCAGGCUGGGGGAAGAUGAGCUGCAGCAGGUACCCAGUGAAUGUGAAGGCUGUUGGCUUGAUGCAAUGCAGAAAGCAGAAGAACUACAUGAUAUUUGUGUCUUGGUCAGAUCAGAACAACAUUCUCAUCUACCGGACGUUUGAAGACUUUAAGAGAUUCCAUAAAGAGCUGAAGAGAAAAUUCCCCAUCGAGGGUGGGUCACUCAGGAGAUCUGACCGGACAAUACCCAGGUUUAGAGGUAAAGAGAACAAAUACCUAACAGCCCAACAAACACGACAGCGCUAUCAGGGAGAAAAAGAUGCUGCUCUCAGGGCAUUCAGACCUGUUGUUUUACACCAACUUUGCUCAUGUUAUUUUAAAGAUGCAAAUGUGAAGCAGAGGAAGAGGGGGAAGCUGAACAGGUGCCUGGAGAUACUGAAACUGCUGGAAACUUACUCCCAGGAGCUGCUGAAAAUGGAUGCUAAAAUAUCCCAGGGUGAAGAUGUGAUUCAGUUUUUCAAGGCACAGACCCAAGACCUGGAUCCCUCCUUUCCUGAAAACAGUGUUGUGAUAAUGCCAUCAGAAAUUGGAGGGGAAAAGAAAAACCCAGCACAGCAGAAGCUCUCCUCUAUUACACAUCCCCAGGUGUCCCAGAGCUACAGGUGCAUCGAGACCUUUGAAACCAAAGACACAAAAAACAAGACUUUCAAAGUGGAUAAGAAGGAAAUUAUUGAAGUGUUAAUCAAGGACAUGACUGGAUGGUGGCUAGUGGAAAACGCAGACAAGCAGAUAGCCUGGUUCCCAGCCUCAUAUCUGGAAGAGAUUGAUGUCCACAAGGACAUCCAGAGUGCCUUGAGCUCAGACAAGGAGGGCAGCCUUUACUUUGUGGCACGGGCCUACGAGUCACAGAAGGCAGAUGAGCUCUCACUGAACAACGGCGUAGUCGUGGAGGUGAUCAGGAAAUCCGAUGACGGCUGGUGGCUGAUCCGAUACAACGGUCGAACCGGCUACAUGCCUUCCAUGUGCCUCCAGCCCUACAAGAACCCUCACCACAAGCUCCAGACCAUCAUGAGCUGCGGGCUCAACGUCUCCACCCCGAACCUCUGCUCCUCCCUGGUGGUUGCCCAGCCCCAGGCUGAGGCUGCAGCACACUGCAGGGUGCAGGUUUGCUCCUCCCUCAGCCAGACUGAGGAGGACUUGAGCUCCUCAAGAAGCAGAUCAAGGUCUCUGCCCAGGGCCAGCUCCACCCCGGACCUGGAGUCAGACAGCUUGUCCCUCAGCUCAGGGAGCAGCAGUGAGCGGGAUGGCCGCCUCAGCUGGAAGCCCAAUUUGUCAAGAUCUCUGCCCGAAGUUGAGCAGGCCAGGAGCUCUCCCCUGGACCAUGCGGCAGCCAUGCACAGCAACAAGUCUCCCCGCCUCACCCAUGAGGACAGGAAUGAUUCUGGUUUUGUGGAAUCAUCUACAGCUGAUUUAAAUUACUCCCUCACUGACCCCGACUUGGCUGCUUGUGCCCCCAAGGUGCCCGUGCGUCCCUCAGCCCACGAGAUCCUCCAGAAGUGCAGCACCAUCACGAAGCGAGCCGUGCAGCAGUCUUCCUCCCGGCCAGCACUCCAGGCUCUUCUUCCUCUCCCCAGCACACACUAGUGCCCUCAGGGUGGGGGCACAGACCCAGCCCCGGGCCAGACACCCUCCUCGAAGGAGCCAAGGGCUUGGGGCUGUUGCUUUCCAAGGACAUGGUUAGAUCCCAAUGGAUCCCACAUGCAAACGUGGCUU